ACAAACAUUUUAAUUCUGGAGCUGGCCUAAAAGAAUCGAAAUCUCGCUACCCAAACGGUGAAACCCAGCUUCUUAAUAGAAGCGAUCGUUAUUGUUCUUAAAAUGAGACAAUCUUAUAAAGUAGCGGUCCUCGGUGGUGGCUUUGCAGGCCUAGUCACGGCCAGGGAGCUUAAAAGAGAAGGUCUCCUAGUCACCGUAUUUGAAAAGGCCGACCAUGUUGGAGGCAUAUGGCUCUAUAAUUCAGGAGUGGAGACCGACCUAUUAGGCCUUGAUCCGAAUCGGGAAAUAGUUCAUAGUAGCCUUUACAGAUCCCUUAGAGUUAACCUUCCUAGGCAGAUUAUGGGUUUCACGGAUUAUCCAUUUAUGAAGAAAGAAGGUGGGGAUCCGAGGACUUUUCCGGGUCAUGAAGAGGUACUCAAGUUUCUUGAGGAUUUUGUCCGGGACUUUAGGUUGAUGGAGUUGAUUCGAUUUGGGCAUGAAGUGGUUCGGGUAGAGCUAACUGAUGAGGCGCGUCACAAGUGGGUUGUUGAGUCUAGGACUCGAGAGACUGAAUCGAGAUGGGAAUCGAAAGAGGAGCUGUUUGAGGCAGUGGUUAUUUGCAAUGGUAAACACACGGAGCCAAAAAUUGCAGAAUUUCCAGGCAGGGAUGCUUGGCCAGGAUUGCAAAUGCAUAGCCAUAGCUACCGGACUCCUGAACAGUUUGAAAAUAAGAUAGUGGUGCUUAUAGGGAAUGGAUCAAGUGCCAAGGACAUCUUGAAAGAGAUCUCCCCUCUUGCGAGUCAAGUUCAUCAGGCUAUUAGAGGACCUGAUUCCCAAUUGAAAAGGCUGGAAAAUCAUGAUAACGCUUGGCAACAUUCUAUGACUGUGACUUAUCAACAAAUCGAAUGCGCUCGUAAAGAUGGUAAGGUGGUAUUUCAAGAUGGAUCAAUCGUUGAUGCAGAUGUCAUUAUUCAUUGCACCGGGUACAAAUUCCAUUUCCCAUUUCUUAGGUCCAAUGGGACAGUUACUGUGGACGACAACCGUGUUGGACCUCUAUAUAAACAUGUAUUUCCACCAAGCUUAGCCCCUUCGCUUUCUUUUGUGGCACUACCUUACAAGGCAGUGCCCUCUAUAGUGAUGGAAUCACAAGCAAAAUGGGUGGCAAAAGUUCUUGGCAAGGUAAAGCUGCCAACCCAAGCCGAGAUGGCAGAUUCUGUUGAAGAGCUUUACCGUCUAAUGGAGAAGAGUGGGCGACCCAAGCAUCUUACUCAUACGCUCCAGCAGGACAAGUUCGAAUAUGAAAAUUGGCUCGCCACUCAGUUGGACAUAAGGCCCCCGGAAAGGUGGAAGGAAAUAAUGUUUUUCUCCAUGGAGAAAAUAAAAUCAUAUUAUGGUGACAAGUAUCGGGAUGCAUGGGAUGUUGACAAAUGGAUACAAGAAGUAGAUUGUUCCAAUUAAACUCCACACCCUAUAUAACAGCCCAUGCCCGAUCCGACUAUUGGGUCAAGGUUUCGGAGUGCUACAAUUGUUGCUAGAGCGACAAUAGACGCAUUCUAUUAGUCUAGUUUUAUUUAAUGAAUGUUGCGAUGUAGCAAAUUUAGAAUUCUCAAUUAAUCUUCUAUUAUUUGUUUCAAAUCAUUUUAUUGAGUAUAAUACUACUUUCUGGAAUUAAA